AUGGCCCCAAAUAAAAGAUCCAGCAAUGGUCGAUCGCCGUUGGUCAAUGAAAGGCAGAAAAUCACCGCAUUCUUCUCCAAACAAAAUCCUGAACCUAACCCUAAAUCUACAUCCUGCCGAAACCCAAGCCCUAACCCAACAACGCCGCCGUCUUUCCAGACCAAGCGCAAGAAGCCACUACUGACCGUCACACCCAAUUUAUCUUCAUCUCCUUCAACCCCUGACUCCGCGAAGAAAUUGUAUGAUCAAGACGUUGUUGACAAAAGUAUCAAAAUUUAUCGUCCUUUGGAUAAAUCUUGGUGCGAGGGUCGGGUGAAAUCGUUCGAUAACAUUUUGGGGAAGCAUUUGGUGCAGUAUAAGGAUGCCAACGAGGAAUUAUUGAAUCUUGAGGAGGAAAGGAUUGAGUGGGUAGCUCUGCCGGUGAUGAAAAAGUUUCGGAGACUGCGAAGGAUUUCAGUGGUAGAAGAUGAAGAGGACAAUAUCAAAUAUCCGGAGAGUAUAGCCUUGGAGGAUGACGACUGUUCUGAGGAAUGGACUUCGAGGAAGAAGACUGGAAAAUUGAAAAAUCGGGUUAUAGAAGAAAGCUGA